CAUUCAUAAUUAUCUACAAAAAUAUUUUUCUGGUGAAGUAUUUUUAUAGUUUUCCUUGCUCUGGUCUCUCAUUUUUGACCAUGAAGUACCUAUAUUAAACUGCAUUUAUUUAAUUGUUCAACAAUUACAUAAAUUUAUGAUACAUACAUACUUAUUAGGAACAACUAUUGUACUAAUAGACAAAUUAACUCGAUAUUCAGCAAACUGUAGAAAAAUGAUUGUGCAAAAAAAAGAACUACUAAUUUUAUUGAAACCGUAUUAUUGGGUUAAUAUUAUAUUGACAUGUUCAUACGUAUUUUGUAAAAAAUGUGAAAUUAUAUGUAAUAUUCUUUUUGUUCAAAAUGAAAAUUCAUGUCAACUAGAUACUAGGGAAUUAGAAAUUUUGAUUUUUCUUAUGAUUGUUGUGAUGAUACGAACCAGAAAAGCUGGCAGUGUUACAAUGAUUAAUUAUUUAUCUUCUAGUUUUAUUUACUCUAAGAGUGCUAAUAUACUACUAUGGUUUUAUGCUGAUGUUCGUUAUGGAUUAUUUUUCACUGCGUUUGUUAUUGUUUUAAGUUUCAUUUUACCAGAACCAACAUAUUCAGGGCCUGAAAAUGUUAUAUACUUCAGAUCAUUAUCAAGUUUAGAAGAUGCAUUAAAGGAAAAUAAACAACAAACAGUUUGGCUAAUAUGUUUUUAUACAGUUUGGAAUCCUACUUGUGCUCACUUUGCUCCAAUAUUUUCAAAAUUAUCUGUUGAGUAUGAUUCAAAAAAUCUUAAAUUUGGUAAAAUAGAUAUUAGUAGAUAUCCAGAUGUUAGUCAAAAAUAUAGUGUAAGUGAUUCAUCACUAAGUCGUCAACUUCCAACUGUUAUUUUAUUCAAGAAUGGCAAAGAGGUUCUUAGACGUCCAACAUUUGAUUCUAAAGGAAAAGUUUACAAAUUUUUUUUUACUGAAGCAAAUUUUAGAGCUGCAUUUGAUUUAAAUAAUGUAUUUAACCAGUGUAAAUUAUUAGAAAAAAAAAAAUUUUCUGAAAUAAGUGAAAAGUCUAAGACAAAAAAUAAAGAAAAAACUCAUUAAGAGAGUUAAAAUAUUAAAAGGUAUUUGAUUAACAAUAAAAAAGAAAUGAUAUGGAAUUAUUUUAUUGUGUCAAAUAUAUAGUUUUGAUUUAGAAAAGUCUACAAAAUCUAAUAUGUAUAAAAACUUUUGA